GGACUCUAAUCUACUUUGUUAUCUAGAAGACAAUGACGCUGUUAUGGAAAUUGAAGAAAUUGGGCACCUCUCGGCCUGUGGCUGUCAGAUGGUAAUAACUUGGCACAAUGUCCGUGCUGUUCGAUUCAGCCGUCUGGAUAGCGAAGAAUCGUAUUUUCCUCUGAUAGCACGAAAGCAUAACUUGUCUAUAUAUGGCUUGGCACCAGAUUCAGUCCGUCCAGCACUUGGAAAUACUCCUGGUUCAACCUCGGACAUCCCUUUUGAUGCUACUGCUGAUGGCGUGUUGUACUCCGAUGAUGAAGACAAUCUAGGUAACUCUCUUACCAGAAGGAACAACAUUUGCUCUAGCUGUUCUCAGAGAGAGCAUGCCUCUUCUAAUGCUUCAUCCGGCUCCGAUACCAUUGCAGGUCAUGGAAGACCAAUGUCUUCUCUUCCUGUCAGCCCACAACAGAUGCGAGUGACCAAGGAACGUCAAUACGAACACGAACAAAAAGUUCUGUGGGAAUCCUGGAUCAAAGAUAAUUUUGAGAUGCAGUUUAGCAAACUUAUUCCUCAGCGAGAACUACCGCCACCCGGUACAAGCUCUAUCCAUAACUGGAGCUACUUCUGCCAGCGCCUCAGUCACGAGUUUGUUAAAGAAGAGUAUGUACAUCUCACGCUGAAGCCCCCGACUGGGUAAGCAAGUAAUGUACAGAGCGUCCUGUUUGUCCACGACAUUUGCACUGAUCGCCACUCAAAUGGGUCUGAGAGCCUUGCUUUACUCGGGUCUCUCUACUCGUUUCAUCCCACAACGCCCUCUGCAGAUUCAAGCUUCAUACUACCGAUCCGAGAAAAUGAGCUCGUGUUACAUUUUCAUGACUUCAAGGCAAUGGGGGAGCAAUCCGACGCGGAAUUCAUAUUAAUCGACCAUAUUAUUGAGGCCUGGCAGCUGACCUCCCCAGAACCUGUUCCCUGCUUACAUCCCGCCGAUGGUAGGCUUUGUUGAUCCAAAGUCUACUCGGCCUCUCCACCAAUUGAUCCUGCAGAGCCCACUGGCACCGAGUAUUUUUGUCGUUUUGCGAUCCGCGGAGGAACCGAUGGGCGUUUAGCCUGCUUCACA